GUCGACAAUGCUCGAUAACGCGCGGUUCAAGAAAGUUGUUUCCAAUUUAUUUCAUAACAAAAUUAUUACUUUUUUUUGAUGAGGAGCAAUUUAUGUCAAAAUGAAUAACGACGAAAUUGCUGAGGACGUUCAUCAUCUUGAUUUUACAACUGCUACAGAAUGGGAAAUAUUUAUUGCUAGAAUCGAAGAAAUUCUUCACGAAUGGCACCUUUCUAAUGUACCUUUUGGUUCGCCUUUGAAAGAGAAAGAUUUUGUUAAUUUACGUUGGUUGGAAGUGUCUGAGAAAUUAAAUUUUGCAGAUGUGGAAUUCACGUUUAAACACUACAAGUUAAAAACGGAAUUAAAUGAAUCAAUUGGAGGUUACGGUGAGGAAGUUGAAGAUUCGUUUACACAAUGUCAAAAGGAUAUUCUUAAUGCUUCAAAUGAUUUUGCCCAAUUGAAUGUUAAUCAUUUAGAGAUAGCUCGUUUUUAUGGAGUAAGAGAAUUUUUGGUUUUAAUUCCCUCUAAACGAACUCCUAUUCUCGAUGAGACAAGAAUUAAAAUUCUUGUCAGCUCUCUCGCCAUUGCAGCCAGCAAUUCAAAUUGUGAAGUUCCAGUUUUUGUUCAAGUACUGGAACUCUGGCAACAAUUUUACCUUGGAGUUGGUCUCGGAAGGGGAUCAAAGGUCAAUUUUAACAUGAUACACUUGAAGAAAACUCCUCCUCAUUGCAAGCAUUUAAAUGGUUUGCUUACACUGUUUAAGCAAAAAAUUAGCGAAGGAUGCGGUUUGAGAUUAGAUCCAGCAAUCAUUUCGAUAAGAUUUUCAUACAUUAUUAAAGAUUGGAUUAAUACUAAAUUGCCCCAGGAAUUUCCGGAUUUCGAAUUCCUUCAAGGAGAGACUAUAGGCGUUUCUGAAAUGGGGAAACUUCCUUUUGGAGCAAGUCACGAUCCAAUAAGAGAAUUGCAUUUGUUUACAACUUGGCAUCAAAUUGCGGAAAAUAUUGUCGUCGAUAGUGAAGGUUUUAGUGAUUUGGAUCCACUAUUAGCGCCAGAAUGGUCACUUUUGGUAAAAAGCACACAUUCACCGUGUUGUCUUCUCGGCGACAGUUUAACAAAAUUCUUUCAAUUAUGUCACGAUCAACGAACGUUAACCGAUAUUAUUGGCGAUUUGGGCUUUUUCGAAAGCGAAGAAUCAUCAUUGAGUUCGGCUUUUAAUAUUCUCACCGAAUCGAGAAUACCAACAAUAUCAAACGUUGUGGGAAAGAGAGGACCAAAAUUUCGCAGAAAAAAUUCCGAGUGUUCCAUUUCUGAACAUAAUCUCGGUCCAAUAAUGUAUUUUCUAUUUCCUGAUGCUGAUGAAAAUUCGACACAUCCGUAUGAAGAUUUCAGCAACUACAAUUUCGACGAGAACAAAUGGAAAGGAAUAAAAUCGUGUGCGAUUGGAAGUUUAGUUUGGAGAUUAGCUGUCGUCGCUGUUUAUUGUCUGUCAUCGUCCGGAGGACUCAAGGCAUUUUCUCACUUGUGGUACGAGUUCAUUCAGGAAAUUCGCUUGUGCUGGGAUAAAGGCACUUUCAUACCAGGUUUAACACCUGGUACUCCCGAUUGCGUGCACACAUGUCUUCUGCAUCAAAAACUUCAGAUGAUAAAUCAUUGCAUUCACUUGAGAAAAACGAGAGAAGAAGCUGUCGCACAGGCAGAAUUCAAAGACAUGGAAACAGAUUCGGAGGAGGACGAAUUCUACGAGUGUUCGAAUGAAGAACCAGUUCCUGGUGAGCAAGACGAGACGCAACAAAAAAGCAAGAAAGAAAAGCAUUUCUUGUGGAACAGACCAGUGGGAAGAUUGGCAAAACAUUCGACUUUUCGAUUAGUGCAAACUGGAGAUCCUUUAUACCUGCCAGUGACUCAGGAUCAAGUUCUUAAAACUGAAGAUCAAUUGGAGGAGGAUGCCCAAGUUAUGAUGGAACUAGGAACAGAUAAACAAGGCACAGAAAUGCGCGCUAGACUGAUGAGCGCCUCUUUACUUUCUGACAUGGAAUCAUUUAAAGCUGCUAAUCCAGGGGCUGUGCUUCAAGACUUUAUUCGUUGGUAUUCGCCCCGCGAUUGGGUUGAAGAGGACACUUUAGACGAAUGGGGUCAACCGAAAGGACAUCUUUCACAGAGAAUGUUACUUCCGGAUAAUGCUUGGACGACAACUUGGAAUUCAGCGCAACCUGUUCCAGCUCAUCGGCAAAAGCGACUGUUCGAUGAUACACGAGAGGCGGAGAAAGCUCUACUUUAUUUAAGUUCAAAGCGAAUCGGUCAAAUUGCUCAACUUUUAUUACCGGUUCUCACUCACGCUGCUCUUAUCACUCUCAGCGAACAGAAAGUGGAAGCGCGGCCGAAUAUUCAAAAUGUUGUGCAAAAUAUUCAAAAUAAAUUGCAACUCGCAAGUAAACCGGUGCAUCAAAAAAUGCAUUUUUACGAGGAUAUUAUCAGAGAAAUCGAAGUGGAAGAGGGUUUAAUCGAACAGGUGAAAUCGUUGCAGGGCAAAUUUGCCGAAAAUUGCGACGAUCAAGAAGUCACGUCAUUCGUUGUGCAACUAAUGACAGGCAAAGAAGUUUCUAUACCAAAUGGUUCGAGAGGAAACAUUGGUUCAGAGAUAAUAAAACUUUUCUGCGAGUCUCAGAAGGUUACUCAUACCCCAUCAAAUGCUGAAGAAGUGGAUGCGGCGGGAGAUGGAAAACAUAGAUCUUUCUCUGAACCCUCGAGCAAGGAAUUUAUUUUGCGAGCAGUCACGCCUAGACCUUCACCCUUGUCGACUCCACAACCACAGCGAUUAUACGUUUGCCUUGAACAAAAUAAUAUUCGAUUAGCCGGUGCAUUUUCGGAGGACACAAUUUUCUUUUAAAUUUUUUUUUCUCAAACCAAAUCGAGUGCAAUGGAAUUGGUAUGAUUACAAUCAAAACAAAAUUGUUUUUCUUACAUUUUAUAUCCAAUAAUUUAGAUAAAUUUAAUUGGACCUCUUGUUUUUACUUUGGGAUCGGGAUAAAUUUUAAUGGUAAUUAAAAACAGACAAUACGUCACUAAAAA